AUGAGUAACAGAGAUAGAGAUAGAGAUAGAGACAGAGACAGAGACAGAGACAGAGAAAGAUAUAAAGACUCUGAUAGAGAUAGAGAUAGAUACAAAGAAUCUGAUAGAGAUAGAUUUAAAGAAUCUGAGAGAGAUAGAGAUAGAGACAGAGACAGAUAUAAAGACUCUGAUAGAGAUAGAUUAAAAGAUUCUGAAAGAGACAGAGACAGAGAUAGAUAUAAAGACUCUGAUAGAGAUAGAGAUCGUUAUAGAGAAUCAGAAAGAGAUAGAUAUAAAGAAAGUGAAAGAGGUAGAGAGUCGGACAGAGAUAGAUAUAAAGAUAAAGAAAGAGAUAGAGAUAGAAGUAAAGAAAGAAGUAAAUACUCUUCUUCUUCAUCAUCAUCAUCUUCUUCUUCAAGUAGUAACAGAGAUAAAAAAAGAGAUAGUAAUGAUCGUUCAUAUGAAAAGAAAAGAAAGUAUGAUAGUGACUCUGAAUCGAGUGAUGACAAUAGUAAAUUAAGUAAAGAGGAAAGAAAGAAGUUAAAAGAAGAAAAGAAAAGACAAAAAGAGUUAUUGAAACAGAAUGAAACACCUGAAGAAAGAAGAAAGAGACGUCUCGAGAAGCGUGCAAAGAAAGAUGAAAAGUUGAACAGAACUACAUCGUCAUCGUCAUCGUCAUCAUCGAAUAAUGUUGAUGAAGGUGGUAAAGUAGUGUCAGGUUAUUCAAACUCUGUUAAUCCAUUCAAUGAUUCCAAUCUGACUGACAAGUUUGUUUGGAAAGCAAAGAAAGAGAAACUACUCAAAGGCGGUAUGGAUCCAGAGUACUACGAGGAGCGUUACGAGAAGAAUAGAAAGAACGAGAUCAAAGAGGAACUGGAGAAGGCAAAGAAGCGAAGAGAGGAGCGUGAACGUGAGCACGAACUAUGGGAGCAGGAGAAGGAUCGUCUGCAACGACUUAGAGACAGCGAGAACAAUGAGGAACUGGCCAAGAAAGAAGAGGAAUUCCAUCUUACACAAGCCAAGAUGAAGAGUGAUAAGCGUAUCAAAGAAGGCAGACCACGUCCAAUCGAUAUGCUCUACAAUGCACUCUACAUGGUGAACAUUCGUUUCCAAUCACUGAAUACCGAUCCAUCGAGAUUGUUUGGCGCGCUUGGACUGCCAGCGUUGGAGGAGCUCGACGACUGUAUCCGAGAGUUUGAGUAUCUCGAUCUGAAGAACCAAGAGUUUUGGCAAGCAUCAAGAAUAUUGGCAGAGUAUGAAAUCAACAAGAAGAAUGGUGAAGAUGACGCUACCGACAGCAACAGUGGAGUCCAUCAAUCGCUAACAUCUGACAUCACCAAGAUUCUUCAGAACAAGAAUCACUCGGAAUUACUGACACUGGAGACACAAAUCACACAGAAGCUACAAUCUGGAUCCGCUAUGAAUGUCGAGUAUUGGGAGACACUACUCAAGCAUCUUCUUAUCUACAAAGCAAAGGCAUUGAUCCGUGAGACAUUUAUCAAGAAUUUAGAGGCAAAGAUCACUGACUUGGAGACCGAUGAAUUCAUCAGCAAUAUUAGAAAUCAAAUAUUCAGUAAUGACAAUGAUGCUCAAACAAGUACAGUCAACAACAACAAUAAUAACUUUACUAGUUUCGUCAAUGAAGAAGGUUUCAUUAUUAACCAAGAGGUUGUCGAACUCGAAAAGAAAAAGAACAAAGAAGUCGUAUUGACUGGUAAUGAAACAGAAGAUGAUCUCUACAGAAUCGAAUCAGAGAAGUUCAUGGAUGAAGAAAGAGAAGAGAAAUUCGAUAACGAAGUCGAACUGGCAAUUAAACACUACGCAUGGCAUGACAAGUACAGACCAAGAAAACCAAAGUUCUACAAUCGUGUUCAUUCUGGUUAUGAUUGGAGUAAAUACAAUCAAACUCAUUAUGAUCACGAUAAUCCACCACCAAAGAUUGUACAAGGAUAUAAAUUUAAUAUAUUCUAUCCAGAUCUAAUUGAUAAGACAAAAUCACCAACCUACUUUGUUGAGAAUGCAGACGAUGGUUCAGACACUAAGAUUCUUAGAUUCCAUGCAGGACCACCCUAUGAGGAUAUUGCUUUUAGAAUCGUAGACAGAGAAUGGGAAAAAUCACAUCGUAAAGGUUAUAAAUGUGUAUUUGAAAGAGGUGUAUUACAUGUAUGGUUCAAUUUCAAGAGAUACAGAUAUAGAAGAUAA